AGUAUGAAGAAAAGAAUAGAAUAGAGAAGAAAACGCAGUUCUUUCUCUAUACUGACCAAAACAUUACAUUCAGAAUCGAUUCGAUCGGUGCGUCAGAGAAUAUAGUGAUUCUACCAUUUUCAACUACGAUUAUCAAAAUAAAGAACUUGUAAGAGAUAUUUAAGUCAAUUAUUUCGAGUGAUACAAAGAUAUAUCAUAUAUGCAGAUGUAGAUGAUGAAGUGGGUUGAUUGAAGGGUAUGUAAUUGUGUAUGGUCAAGUGGGUUUCAGAGCAAUUCCUUCUUAGGGUUUUUGGGGUUUUGGGAGUACUUUCGUGGGUCGAAGUUGUCUUUUUGUGUUGUGAGCGGUAUGUUGGACUUUAGUAUAGGUGGUGAAUUGGGGUUAGGAUUUUGAGAAUUUUAAUAUGUUAGGGUUAAGGUUGCCUGGGGCAGAGAUGGAAGAGCCUGAGUUUGAAGGAGUUGCUUGCCAUUACAAGGACGACACAAGCAUUGACCCUGAUAUAGCUCUCUCUUACAUUGAUGAGAAGCUUCAAAGUGUGUUGGGUCAUUUGCAGAAAGAUUUUGAGGGCGGGGUUUCUGCAGAGAACUUGGGGGCAAAAUUUGGUGGGUAUGGCUCAUUCUUACCCAUGUAUCAGCGCUCUCCUUCUCUUUGGUCUCAUCCAAAGUCUCCUCCGACAGUUCAGAGUCAGAGGAUACCAAGAUCCUCUAACACUUUGUCUAUGGAGGGUGCUUCCCGGGGUUCUGUGACUCCCUCAGAUGCACCCCUGCCUCCGAGGCAAGGAAAUGCUUCCCAUGUUAUGCCUUCAUUGAAUAAUCCAAAAGUUUCAUCUCGGGAGGUUUCAGCCAGACAAGAUUCAUUCUUGUCAUCUGCACAAGUUGCUGAAAGGUUCCCCAUGAGACAUGAACUUUCUUUGAGUAAGUUGGCCAAUCCAACUAAUCGGAAAGGACUAACGGUUCGGAUCAAAGUGGGUUCUGAUAACACAGCACAGAAAAAAGAAAUAUAUAGUGCUCUCGGGUUUAUUUCUCCAUCUUCAUCAAUUGGAAACAGCCCUGAGAGAAGUGGUGGGAUGCCAUUCGAUGUUCAAGAGGCUCUGAAUGAAUCUCCAACCAGUAUUCUUCAGAUUAUGGCAUCCUCACCAGUCCCUGGGACCCCUCUGCUUUCGCCUCUCCAUGACUUUCUGCUUUGCUUGAUAGAAACUGAAAAACCUUCACUAGACAGUAAGCUGGCACCUGUUUUCAGGGGUAGGCAGGAAAAUUCCGCCAUUUCUGUAAAUGAUUCAGCUUGCAAGCUGGGGAAUGGGAAAGUGUUGAAAAAGAAGAAAAUGAAAUCUACGGGGAAGGGUGAAACAUUUCAGGAAUCGAAGAGUGGGAAUGAUAUGGAUGUUAUUGAUGACAUGGUAUCACUUUCAAGGAAAAAGACAGCAAGUGAAACCAUUGAAAGCAAACAGUGUUUCUCUAAAGAAUUAAAACUCAACCCUCUGUCCAAUUCAAUAUGUGACAUUGAUGACUCUUUGAAAGGUGCUAGGGCAACAGCUGAAGUCUCCAGGGAGGCUGAGAAGGUUGUCCCAGUGAAGAAAAGGGAGGUCAAUAAAUACUGGAUGAAAGACAGAUUACCAUCCUCUGACUUGGCUGAGGAGUCGUUGGAAUCAAUAAAUGGCCAAGAUGAUGGUAAGUAUCAUCAUCAAGAAACUAGGAAUUCUUUAGUGGGAAAGAUUGAGGAACACACAGUUAGAGGCUUCUGCAAGGUUGUUUCAGUUGAUCAUAAGCAGGGUGGCACGAGUGAAUUCGCUCGUGACCCAUUUGAAGCCGAAUUUGAUGUUCGUAAGUGUGAGAGUGAGUUUAAAGGGGCAAUGGAUGAUGUGAAACGGAAGGUUGGUCCAAAAGCUACAUCCCAUGGACAGGAUGAAAUGAAAAUUUACGCUAUGAAAAAGUCAUAUGAAGGCAAAAGGAAGUCCAGAGGAAGUCAAAGUAAUAGCAAGCUGGCUUCAGCUUUAGGAGAAACCUUGAGGGUUGGUUCUUGUUCUGCACCAAAAAACAUGAAGAGUGGUCAGAAUGAUUUUCACAAGGUCCACGACAGCUACAAAGAAGUGCUUAACUCAAGAUCAGAGAAUUUAGAUAACCAGAUUGAUCCGCUGAACAGGCAAACCAGUGAUAGUGCAAACUAUUCUAAUCUUGAGACUAAUAGAGAACAUCAUGCAUUUGUUGAUAAACUGACGGAGAGAACUAGCUGCAAAAAAGUUGAUGUCCAGUUGACAUCCGAAACAUUUUUGAAGGUGGCUUCAAACAUUGGUCCUCCUCCCACUAAAGGAUUCACUUCUGAGACAGAAAUGGCUUCAGUGGCCCCUGUUGUAAUAGAAGAAGAUUGGGUGUGUUGUGACCAUUGCCAGAAGUGGCGUCUUCUGCCCUAUGGUAUGAAGCCAGAACAACUGCCUGAGAAGUGGUUGUGUAGCAUGCUAAACUGGCUGCCUGGAAUGAAUCAGUGUGAUAUCAGUGAGGAGGAGACAACAAAAGCUCUCCACGAGUUAUACCAACUUCCACUUGCUAAAAGUCAAAAUAAUUUUCAGAAUAAUGCUGAUAGAACUGCAUCUGGAGUAACUUCAGCUGAUGCCCGGCAUUUUAACCUGAAUCGCCAGAAUCUCAGUUCUGAUGCCUUGCUUGAUCAAGGAAAGAAGAAGUAUAAAUCCAAAGAAACAUCUGACAUCACUAGCAAUGGUGGUCUGAUUCAGACUCCGAAAUUUGGAAAGAAUUCCCGGCAGGAGGCGGGGAAAAGCAGAAGGUUAAAUGACACGCAACAGCCUCUUUCCGAGACAAAUCUGAUGAGUAAAUCUAAUGGUAAUACAAAGCAAAAGAAGAAAAGCAAGGGGGAGUCCGAUCAGAUGGGAUACGGAACUACAAAGAAGAUCAAGAUUGCAACUGAUACUGACAAGCACUGGACUUCUGAACAUGUUGGGGAACUUCGAGUGGUGGGUGCGAGCUCAAAUACUGAUUUGCUAACUAAGGCAGCUGGGAAGGAUAUGCGGAGACACAGUGGACAGAGUUAUUCUAAGGAUGCAAACUGUGAUCCAAAGAACAGGUUAUUAAUUUCUGUAAAGAAACAUAGGGACCAUGAUGUCAAUAUGGGAACAAGUGAUGGAAGAGAAGUAUAUGGAAAGAAGCGAAAAUUGAAGGAUUGGCAGGAAAGUCAGAAUCAUUUGAUAAUAUUACAAAAUAAUGGGAGUCACCCCCCAGAUGGCAAGGUUUCGGUGAAGGAGGAUAGUGGUGAUAGUGAAUUCAGGAAAGAAAAGAAGUCCAGGAUGUCUAGGACUGAGGGAAAGAAUUCUAGUACCAGUAAAGGUGAUGAUGGGUCAAACAAAAAUGGGAGGAUGGCCAGAAUCCUCCUGUCAGGUGGGAGAGGUAAAUCAGUUGAAAGGAAUGUUGAGAACAAUCAGCAGCCAAUGAAAGAUACAGUGAAGGUUGCAUCUCAAGCAAGCUUGUAUGAUCUAGACUCAUUGAAAAGGGAUUUGGGACCUCAACAGUUGUCCAUGGCAGCCACUUCUAGCUCUUCAAAGGUUUCAGACUCGCAUAAACCUAGAGCCAAUUACCAAGAGGUGAAAGGAUCACCAGUAGAAUCUGUUUCUUCGUCUCCCAUGAGGACUUUCAAUUCUGACAAGCUUUCGCCAGCAAGAAUCAACAGUUCAGGGAAGGAUGAUGCUAAACAUGAUGAUUUUCUUUUAGUUGGAAGCCCUGGAAAACACCUGGAUAGGGAUGGUAAUUUUGAGAUCAGUCAAUCUUGGACAGCAAUGAAAGGAAAAACAUCUGGUGUCUUUCAUCCUGAAUCUUCUGGGUUUCCCACGCAUGAUUUUCGGGACACUGAUGCCAAGCAGAAAUUUGGCGUCCAAUCUGAAUCAAUUUCUAAACAUCUUUGUGAAGUGGGGAAUGACCAUUUGGGAAAUAGUGAUGCUGAUAUCUUUGAAGGACAUGGCCCAUGCCCCUCUAAUAUGCAUGCAUCAUACCAUUUCAGCAGGGAGGUUAGAGCGGACAAGAACCAUCUUAUUACGGCAUCACCUCCGCAAAUAUCUAUAAAUGGUUCCUUGUUGCAGUCAAAGGACAUGUACACAGGUGGUCACAAUAGAGAAAGAGGAACCGGAAAGGUAUCCAAACCAUUGAAUGAGCAGGGAAACUUAAGUCAAAAGAAAAGCCUGAGGGAUGAGACACACAUUGGACCCCAUUAUCACACGACGUGCCAUGAAGAACUAGGUGACGUAAAUAAUAUUAUUGGUGAGCAUACUAUUAAAUCUAUUAAUGGUGAUAAGAGUGUUGGCAAGAAGACUUCGGGAAAAUGGGUAAGUGACCAUAUAAGUGAGAACAUGUCAAAAUUCGGAGAGCAUGAUAGUUCAGAUGUCAAAUUGGGUGCGCCAUGUAGCACAGAUGGGAGAGUUACAGCACAACAGAACUUGACUCAGGAUAUUGAGGGUGAAAUUGCAAGGAAAGGCAAUUCAACUCAAGUAGAGUCAAGGAGGGGGAAGUCACUUGUCAACACACAUUACACAGUUAAACAACAUACACUAGUUCGUGUUCCCCAAUCAGUACCUGGAUCUCUGAAAGGAAGUCUGCUGGAUGUACGACCUGUUGAGCCUUCUGUGGAUGGUGAUGUGUCAAAUGUGUUAAAACAGCCUGGAAAUGCUGUUUCCCAGAAUGGGGCUCACCAGAGCAUGCAACAUCCUGUCUCUGAUCAGUAUUUGGCCAGGGAUUUGAGUGCUCCUAGUCAUGUGAAAUGGGAUGCCGCCAGCCAACCAGCUUCUAACGCAUUGAAAGAAGCUGAAGAUCUCAGAGAUUAUGCUGAUCAUCUUAAGAUCUCUGGGUUUGGUUUUGAAUGUAAUGAGGCAUAUUUCCAAGCUGCCUUAAAGUUUCUUCACUGUGCUUCACUUCUCGAAACCUGCAAUCGUGAAAGUAGCAAACAUGGACAGAUGACUCAAAUGCAAGUCUAUAGUAAUACAGCCCAACUGUGCGAAAACUGUGCACAUGAAUAUGAAAAAUGCCAAGAAAUGGCUGCCGCUUCGUUGGCCUAUAAAUGCAUGGAGGUUGCAUACAUGAGGGUAGUUUAUUGCAAAAAUUCGAGUACUAAUAGAGAUCGGCAAGAUUUGCAAGCAAGUUUACAAAUGGUUCCACAAGGGGAAUCUCCGUCAUCCUCUGCAUCUGAUAUUGAUAGUUUAAAUAACCAAGCAAUGAUGGAAAAGGUUGCUUUUUCCAAAGGAUUGGGUUCUCAAUCAGGAAACCAUGUUGUUCGUCGAAAUUGUCCCAACUUUGUUCGGCUGCUUGACUUUGUAAGUUGGUUUACUCUCUGCAUAAAGCUACUUCAUAUAUACACACUUUUUUGGAAACCAAAUUAGACCUGUAGUUUGGCAUAAACUUGUAUGAAGUAACGAUUAGGUCAACAAUCUUGUAAUAUGUAGUGACUCGGCAGAUUUGUGAUGUUUAGAGACUUAAAGUGAAUUAUAAUUUGCUCACAAAUCUAGAGUAGGUUUUUCAUAAAUAAGCUCUGGACAUCUGGUAGAACCUAGUGUCUAGCCAAAAUUUUGGCAGAUUUAAGUUUGUUCAUAAUUGGUCGCCUCAGAAAGGAACUCGCAUGCAUUUGACGUGCCUGCCUGCCGUUAUGGUUAUUUUCUCUGUGGUAUGAUAUAAGAGGAUAAGUAUUUCAUCGUAUGAUUGUUUUACAGACCAAGGAUGUAAAUUCUGCCAUGGAGGCCUCCAGGAAAUGCCAGCAUGCUUUUGCAGCUGCUAAUGUAAUCCUGGAAGAGGCUCAGAAUAAGGAGGGUAUUAUAUCUGUCAAGAGAGUCAUUGACUUCAGCUUCCAAGAUGUAGAGGAACUUGUACGCUUGGUACGGCUUGCAAUUGAGGCCAUCAGCCGCCAAGGUUUCAGGGGUAUUAGAGAUUAAGUCAGCCUUGUAUAUAAUGUGUUUCACUGGUUUAUUUCCCUGCGAACAGGGACUUGGGCGGCCAUGCAAGCAGGCCUGUGGAUGGCUGUACUGGACAAGCCGUUGUAAUUUGAUGAAGAGACAUGACAUUACCGGCUCGUUUCCUUUCUGUACAUGUGUACAAAAUGGGACUGAUUUGCCAUCUUUGUUAUUUAUAAAAAUAUUCAGCUUGUUUUCUACGUCAUAAAAGCAUAGGAUGUUCACCCUUACAUUAAUGGGGUAGUGGCGAGUGGGACAUGUAAAAUUUCUGCUUUUUCAAGGAGAAGACUCGAGUUUGUUAAGAGUGCACUUCUUAUUUAUUGGGUUCCAUACAUUCUUAGCUAGAGGGAGACAGUAACUAUAGAGAUUUAAGAACGGUUGUCACAUAUCCUGAAUUUUUGGGUUCUAAUUUUGUCAUGACCAGUCCAUUCUUAUGGAUGACUUAGUGUUUUGUUACCCUACAUAUUGUUGAUUUUUCAUGGAAUAGAAAAAAAUGUUUUAAAGAGGAAUUCCCUGUGCAUUUGUACCUUCAAGUUUUGGCUCCUUUUCCUUCUGUCUUCUAUUGAAGGUUGCUAUGCAUGGGUAGGUAAUCUUACAGAGCACCUGAUCUCAGAGGUAUUAACUCGUUCUCAAGUCCACGGUAAAUAUGUGUUUGAUGUCUGUGCUGGAUGUUUUUAGAGAGAUCUAGGUUCAGGUGAAGCAAGUGGCUCUCCCUUGUUAAUAAGAGAUUGUAGGAAAAGCUAGCUCAAAGGACUUGGAUAUAGCAAGAACUUGAAAUUUUGCUGUAUUCUGCGCGGAAUCAUGCCUGGGAUUUGGGUGGAUUUCCUUGUCCAAGGUUGGAAAAUUGAAGAGCACCAUAACUUUGUAAGGAUAAACAUACUUUUUUUUUGUUCUGAUAAUUGACUACGUAUUACUAUUUUAUUUCUGCUUGUAAUAUGGAGAACGGGACAGUAAUUAUACGUGGACAUACAAUCUUCUUGGGUCUUGCUAUCAUUCCAGCAUGAAUUGAAUGGGAUCUGAUGGGUGGGGCUACGGGGGGGUUCGCUCCUUUUGUGUUGAGAGGCUGCACUUUUUGAAUCAAGCUGCUGUGUUACUGUUAACUUUUCCAACCAUAGUUUCAAUUUGAUGCAAAUGAACUUCUUAUUGGGCUAGGUCUUUUUAUGUCUGUGGUUUUUGGUUUUUGUCAUUUUUUUCUUCUCCUUUUUGACCUCUUCCCUGGCCUCCCUUAGAAGCAAUUCUUUUGAGUACUCAAACAAUUGCUAAAUACCAAGUGAUAACAACUGUCACAAACUCCACAAUGACGUUCCCGUGUCUUGUUUGACUUGAAUCUUAGCAGGGGUUCAGAGAUAUAAGCAGGUAAAAUAUGUUUGUUUUCUUGUGGUGUUGUUCUCUGCAUUUGAAUCGAUGUUAUUCUUCUAGUUUAUAAUACUAACUCAGGAGCUCUGUUUUCAGGUACGGGAAAUAAGUGCAUUGGCUGGAAGCAGCAGGCAGCGUCAACCUCUGGUUAGCCUGAAAUCUUUUUGUAUUUUUUUUUUUUCCGUGAAGUGACCAAACGAAGUUAAGGAUUGAUUCAAUACCAAAUCCCAAAUCCCAAAUCCCUAUAGACAACUAGUGGUAGGGGCCCCAUCGUGAACUACAUUCAUUGCUCAGGCAAGGGAUAUACGAAUAUACCAAUUGAAUGCAGUGAAUACCUUAUUCAAGGAUUUUCCUAGAAUCAUCAGAGCAGGAGCAUUCUUUAUUCUUCGAAUUUCAAGUAAAAAUUCAUAAAGUUUACAAUGUGGAUUGUAUUCCUCAUUGCUCCUCAGAAUCUUUUGUGUAGACACCAUGGUUGCAUCAGUUCUUUAUUACAGAGUCUUUUUUCAUUUUAUCAUUGUAAAAGUUGUCUUCUUUACUUCUCCUUAUAGCACCACAAAAAACUUUUCAAGUGUACAAACACCAGCGGCUUUGAAGCCCAUUUUUUCAGAUUCAAACUAUGCAGCCACGUAACAAACACUCUGCUUCUUCUCUCCUGUUUAUCUAGCUAUCUCUGAAUGUGUAUUUUUCUUUAAAGUUAACACGAGCAUUCUACAGUUGGUAUAGCUUCUAGGACAUGGAGAAUC